AAAUAAAAAAUAUACAAAAUACUUAUAAUCCGAAAUUUCCUUAGAAACGUUUUUGUUUAUUUUCGUUUUUUUUUUAAUAAAAAAUUAUGGCUUUUUCGACAAAUAUCAUAAGAUUCUAUCAAAAUCCAGGUCUUUCAAAUGAUCAGGAGAAAAAUAUUCUACAUAAAAUUCGACAACAAUUCAAUAAUGGCAAUGAAAUUAUCAAAUCGAUUAAAACAGAAUUUUGUUUUAAUAUUGAACAACAAGCUCAACUUUCGUCCGAUGAACUUUCGAAAAUUGAAUGGAUUUUAACACCGGAUUUCAACGUAAAAUUAAACCGUGAAUCAUCACGGUUACGUUCGUUGAAUUCAUCCAGCAAGAAUACAAUAUUGAUCGAAAUUGGACCACGAUUGAAUUUCAGUACAGCAUUAUCGACUAAUGCUGUUUCGAUUUGUAAAAACAUUGGACUUGAUGAAAAAGUAUCUCGAAUUGAAAAAAGUACAAUCUAUUUGUUUGAAAUCGAGAAAUCGUUGACGAAAGAACAGGAAAAUCAACUUGUAGAAUUAUUACAUGAUAGAAUGACUGAACAACGUUAUCAUACACCAAUUGAAUCAUUUAAACUUCCACCAAAUGAUGAUAAAUGGUUUGAAAUUGAUGUUAUUGGUCGUGGUGAACAGGCAUUACGAGAAGUGAGCGAAAAAUUAGGUCUAUCAUUUGAUGAUUGGGAUAUUACAUAUUAUUGUUCAUUGUUUAGAGAUAAACUUAAACGAAAUCCAACAUCAGUCGAAUGUUUUGAUUUAGCACAAUCGAAUUCGGAACAUUCACGUCAUUGGUUUUUUAAGGGACGAAUUUUUAUCGAUGAUAAAGAAGUACCUGAAUCAUUGUUUGCUAUGGUCACCAGUACACAAGAAAAUACUAAUGAUAAUAAUGUUAUCAAAUUUAGUGAUAAUUCAUCUGCUAUACGUGGAUUUUCCGAUCUAAAUAUUUUGAUACCAAAAGAUUCUACUGAAGCAUCAUCGAUGGAAUUGAAGAAAAAUCAAACACGUCAUAUAAUUUUCACUGCUGAAACACAUAAUUUUCCAACAGGUGUUGCUCCAUUUCCUGGAGCUACUACUGGUACUGGUGGACGAAUUCGAGAUGUUCAAGCUGCUGGUCGUGGUGCACAUGUUAUAGCUGCAACUGCUGGCUAUUCAUUUGGAAAUCUUCAUAUUCCUGAUUAUCAUCUCGAAUGGGAAGAUAAUAAUGAAAUAUAUCCACAUAAUUUUGCUUCACCUUUACAAAUCUGUAUUGAAGCAAGUAAUGGAGCAUCCGAUUAUGGUAACAAAUUUGGUGAGCCAGUUUUAGCUGGUUUUGCUAGAAGUUUUGGACAACGAAUUCAGAGCAAUGAACGAAUUGAAUAUAUUAAACCGAUUAUGUUUACUGGUGGUAUCGGUACGAUUGAUGAUGGUUAUAUUCAAAAAAAUCAUGCACAAAGCGGUAUGAAUGUUGCUAAAAUUGGUGGACCUGUUUAUCGUAUUGGUGUUGGUGGUGGUGCUGCAAGUUCAACUGAAGUUCAAGGUAGCGAAGGAAGUGAAAGUUUAGAUUUCAAUGCAGUACAAAGAGGUGAUGCAGAAAUGGAACAAAAAUUAAAUCGAUUGAUUCGUGCUUGUAUUGAACAUCAAAAAGGAAAUGUUAUUGAAUCGAUUCAUGAUCAAGGAGCAGGUGGAAAUGGAAAUGUCUUAAAAGAGAUUAGUGAACCAAUGGGAGCCAAAAUCUAUUGCAAUAAAUUUACAUUGGGUGAUCCAACUAUUAACACAAUGGAACUUUGGGGAGCCGAAUAUCAGGAAAGUAAUGCCAUUCUAAUACGAAAGGAAAAUCGUGAAAUUUUGGACAAAAUAAGUAAACGAGAAAAAUGUCAAGUUGAUUAUGUUGGUGAAAUUACAGGCGAUCAUCAUAUUACAUUGAUCGAAAAUGAAUCGGCUCAAAGACAUCCAGUACAUUUAGAUCUUGAUCUGGUUUUAGCAUCGAUGCCAAGGAAAGAUUUCCGUUAUCAACAGAAAACGAUUCCAUUGAAACCAUUAGUAAUUCAAGGAGAAGAUAAAACAAGAUUAGUUAUCGAAUCAUUGCAUAAAGUACUUCGAUUGCCAUCUGUUGCUUCGAAACGUUACCUAACAACCAAAGUGGAUCGAUGUGUUACAGGACUUGUUGCACAACAACAAUGUGUUGGUCCUCAACAUACUCCAAUCGCUGAUUAUGCAUUAAUAGCGUUGAAUUAUUUCACAUAUCGUGGCAGUGUUACAUCGAUUGGUGAACAACCAAUCAAAGGAUUAAUUAGUCCGGAAGCUAAUGGAAGACUUUCGGUUGCUGAAGCUGUUACUAAUUUGAUGUUCUGUGCCAUCACCGAAAUAGCCGAUAUCAAAUGUGAAGGAAAUUGGAUGUGGCCGGCUAAAUUAGAAGGCGAAGGAGCAUUAUUAGUACGAACUUGUGAAGCUAUGUGUGAAUUUAUGAAACAAAUCAACAUAGGUAUCGAUGGUGGUAAAGAUUCAUUAUCAAUGGCCGCUAAAGUUAAGCUUCCAAGUGGUUCGGAAAUUGUUAAAUCACCCGGUACAUUAGUGAUCAGUGCCUAUGCUCCAGUUCCAGAUAUUCGCAUUAAAGUAACACCCGAAUUGAAAAUUGAUGAUUGUAGUUUGAUUUAUGUAAAACUUAAUGGAAACGAUAAAUUCAGGCUUGGAGGAUCAGCAUUAGCACAGGUUUAUAAGCAACUUGGAAAUGAUUGUCCGGAUAUGGAAAAUCCAUCCCAUUUGAAAAAUGGUUUUGGUAUUGUUCAGAAAUUAAUCAAAAAUAAAAUCUGUACUGCUGGUCAUGAUGUUAGCGAUGGUGGUUUGAUAGUCUGUUUGUUGGAAAUGGCAUUUGUUACCGAUUGUGGUCUUGAUGUAGACAUACCAAGUUUUGGACAAGAUCCAUUAAAUGUAUUCUUUGCUGAAGAAUGUGCUGUUAUUAUUGAAGUUCGAAACGAAUUUGUUGAAUCUGCUCUGAAUGAAUUCAAAUCAUGCGAUAUAAUUGCCCAUAAAAUUGGUAAAGCUAUCCGUAAAAAAGAUGUUGUCAUCCGUUACGACAAUACCGUCAUGAUUUUGGGACAUAUGUUCACAUUACGUGAUGUUUGGGAGGAAACAAGUUUCCAAUUGGAAAAUCAUCAAGCUAAUCCAGAAUGUGUAAUGCAAGAAAAGAAUGGUUUGAAAUUCCGAAAAACACCAAAUUGGAAAUUAACUUUUGAACCAUCUAAAAUUAAUUUGAACAUUGAUUCACAUUUAACUAGUGCUCCAAAAGUUGCCGUACUUCGUGAAGAAGGUAUCAAUGGUGAUCGUGAAAUGAUUGCCAGUUUUUUCAUGGUUGGAUUCGAUGUUGUCGACAUUACUGUUACCGAUUUGAUUGAUCAGGCUGUCAACUUAGAUCAUUUCCGUGGAUUAAUUUUUCCCGGAGGGUUUUCAUAUGCUGAUGUUUUGGGAAGUGCUCGCGGUUGGGCUGCUACUCUUAAAUAUAAUUCGAAUGUUGAAGCACAAUUACAACGAUUUAAACAUCGAAACGAUACUUUUUCACUUGGUGUUUGCAAUGGUUGUCAAUUGAUGGCGCUUUUGGGCUGGGUUGGCAGUAAACCAAAUGGAACUCAGGGUACUUUGUUAACUCAUAAUACAUCGGGUCGAUUUGAAUGUCGUUUCUCUUCGGUUAUGAUACCGGAAAAAACACCUGCUAUGAUGCUUAAUGGAAUGCAAGGAAGUGUUAUGGGUGUUUGGGUUGCUCAUGGUGAAGGUCGAUUUGUUUUCGAAUCGGAUCAGAUCAAAAAAUCGGUUAAAGAUCUUGUAUCAGUAAUCUAUGUCGAUGAUGAUAACAAACCGGCUACAAUGUAUCCAAUGAAUCCAAACGGAAGUGUUGAUGGUAUUGCCGGUAUUUGUAGUCCAGACGGUCGUCAUCUAGCAAUGAUGCCUCAUCCAGAACGAGCAACACUUUCAUGGCAAUGGCCAUACAUUCCACCAACGAUGGAACAUAUGAAACAAUCAUUGGCCAGUCCAUGGGCUAAAAUGUUUGAAAAUGCAUACAAAUGGUCAAUGGCUACUAAAAUUUGAUUUAUUUUGUGUACAGAAUUUAUUCGUUUUAAAAGAACAAAAAAAAUUUUAAUUAAUUAAAGUAGAAAUUUAUACAAUAA